UGCAUAAAUAGUUUCCCAAGUCGUUUAUCGCUCUUCAGGUAGUAUUCUAAAGUGAAGAUUGAGAAGGAUUUUCUUUAUCUUUCAGUUUAAAGAAACUUGCAGGGAAAUCUAGAAUGUUCGACCGUAUCUUCAUUGCCAUGAUUAAACUCUCAGCAACUACUUAGUAGAUUAAAUGCGAUGCUUACGUGUUUCUCAAAUGUCAGUGCAACUGUCCUAACAACUGACUGUGUGGCUGCACUGGGGAGAAGGACUUCCCUGUCCUGUCUCUGACAUACAGUCGCAAAUCAACGAGAGAUGUCUCCGAGAAUGGUCUCUGUGACAGCUGUUGUCAUCCUUCUCUUAACAGGGAGCGCAUCUCAGACAACAGACAACUGUGGUACAGGCUGGAUGCUUCUCAAUUCUUCCUGCUACCAACUGUCUCUGGAACCAAAGAACUGGUCCUCAGCCCUGACAAGCUGCCAAGAAAAAGACGCCGAUCUGGUGUCUUUAGAAUCAUGGACAGAACAAAAACUGUCAGAGAUGGAACUUGCUGCCUCUGAAGGAAUCUGGUGGGUAAAACUACAAAGUAACUCAAGUGAAAGCAAGGGAAUGUUCCUCUAUGAUAACUCAUCUUUCUCAGGGGAAAUCAUAUUGUGGAACGAUGGCGAGCCCAACAAUGUAGAGAAUCACGAAUACUGUGUGGAGAUGUACCCUACGGGCAAACUGAAUGAUGUUCCCUGCGAACGGCAACAAUUCUACAUCUGUAAGAAAUACUUAAAGCGCGUUAACCACUCUAGGAACAGUUGUGAUAGGAACUGGAUCAUGAUCUUGGAUUCCUGCUACAAGCUUUAUGGUCAGAAUAAGCAGUGGAAAGACGCACAGAGAAAGUGUAAUGAGGACGGCGCCAAUUUGCUGACCCUGGAGUCUUUAGACGAACUGUUGCAGAUCAGGAACGAGAUGUAUCACAUCACCAGUAUAGUCCACUGGUGGGUGGGGCUACAGAAGAUAUCUGAUGGCAAUUGGCAGUGGUUUGGCAAGCCUCCGAUGAUAUCCCCUGCAAUAACUCAGUGGAAGAAGGACGUGCUCAUCACAGAGGACUGUCUGGUGAUGGACUCUGAUGGCUUUCUGAGUGGCAUGCCUUGUGAUUCCUCUCUAUUCUUCAUAUGUGUGAAAUCAAACAACUGUGAAUCUGAAUGGAUCGGCCGAACCCCUUUUUGUUACAAGUUGUCCAAUAAGACCAUGUCGUGGUCUGGUGCCCAGGAGACCUGCAAAGCCGAGGGAACAAAUCUGCUGAUCGUCAGAACUUUAAGCCAACUGAUAAAGAUACAGAAUGAUAUUGAUAUGAAGACUUCGCCAUGGUGGGUAGGAGUGCGAAGGACAUCUCCAAGUAACGAGGAUCUGAAGCAGGACAAGGAUUCACAAAAGUGUGGAAUGAUCGCCUCGAAUAAUUCACUGGUCUUCACGGACUGCACAGCAUUACACUCCUACAUCUGCCAAAAAACUCGUAGUAAGUGGGAAACAUUUUUAGCAAUUCACAGGCAUUUUAAACAUAACGAAGAUAUAUAGAGGGAAUUGAUAGAUUUUUAAAAUUUUCCUAAUAUUUGCUACUUAUAAAGAGCAUAAAAAAAUACAGUUUUCAAGUUAAAAGGUUACGAGGAUUGCCAAUGUUUUCGAUAUCAAUGCAUUGUCAUAAUGUUAGUAAUGUUAGUACAGUGGUUCUUAACCUUGUUUGAGGUACCGAACUCACAAGUUUCAUAUGGACAUUCACCGAACCCUUCUUUAGUGUCAUCACGAAUUUACAUAAUCAGUCCGGUAUGUCUUGACUUCCAUGGCAGACGCUCCGCCGAACCCCUGAGACCGACUCACCGAACCCCUAGGGUUCGAUAGAACCCCGGUUAAGAACCACUGUGUUAGUGUCUUAAUGUGAAUGACGAUACAUGGUUAUCAUCUUUUCAAUUUUCUAGAAAAAAGGAGUAUAGAUUGUGAAACCAAAAUUAAAAACACUAAACUGUUUUAAUAUUUUCUAGUUUUAUUUUAGCUAUUAUGUUCAAAUCAUAAAAGAAACUUUCUGUUGUGACACAUGUGAUAUGGAAAAGUGUACAAAAUCUUUUUUUCUAAUAAAAGUGUGCAGUAAAAUGUUACAUAAAGUGUAGGCAUGCUUCAGUAUUCAUUCCUACCCCUGAACAGCUGAACUACUGUCAUUCCAUCCACAGAUCAUCCUUUUGAUUAUUCACACACACAUUUGUGUCUCACCCCACUGCCUCAAAGUAGUGCUACUUCCUGAUAAUUAUAC